GGCCCCCCUGUCUCCUCUCUUGAAGCAGAUGCCAAGGUAGGUGGGCUUUGCGUCUUCUUGAGUUAAGCCCAUGUAUGCGCAACUUCCUACCGUAAGGACUUGAAGUGCAUACAACUCGUGGAGGCUUUUUUAAGAGAACGAAUGCAACACGAGGUCGGGGCCCCGGAUGGGGCCACGCGCGUGAGGGACGCCAAAGCGUGAGCUUCGCCAGCUUCCCGGAAAACGCACGUCUAACGGUUAAGGGACCAGGGAGGCGAAGGACCCGUAGCCACGCCCCUCCGUUCCCCCGUCGGGCUUUCUGGUGGACACGCAUGCGCGUCAACUGGCCUUUGUGAAAACGAACCGGCCCCGUUUGGGCCGGCACCACGGAGGCAAGAGCUGUUAUUCGCCCAUCUCCUGCCUUACGUGGACCCGGUGUCCUCUGUGGCUGUGCCAUACGCCAGCGAAAAGGGACGGCACUUCGGAUCGGAUGCCUUUUGAGAGCAGGCGCUGGCGAGAACCUUACUGAACACUAGAGGCCAAGUGUGCGCCUUUGCAGAGCUCUGCGACACCCUAUUUGUCAUGCAACCAGUGCAUUUGGGUGUUGACCUGGCUGGGCUUUUAAUUACCAUUACUGCUGACCUGAAAGCAUUGGAGGCGAAGGUUAUUUUCUAAACGUCCUCGAUAUUCUUCUCACUGCCUUUCGUAAGUUUCCUCCCACCGGGGCUCGCUUCCGCUUUGCAGAAAUUAUCUGCUUAGAGGCCUGCCUGAUUUAUGACAAUCUCUGGCAAAACCCCAGAAAAGAGAUAACACUCUUGUCUUCGACGGACCUCGGAGGCGGCAGCGGGACCCGGUGGAAAGGGUCUUCCGGGGGCCUGAGGCUCUGGGAGCCACCAGUCCAGCUGAGGGACAGCCUCUUGGGGCUUUCUUCUCCCUGAGGAGCGUGACGCAGUUAAAAAGGAGAAAAAAAAAAAAAAAAAAAGAGCCACAAGCCAAAGAGUUGCCAAUGACAUAGGAGAGGGAGCGCUUUCAAGCCACCGAGCGGCUCCUGGAGGCUCUGAGCUCACCCACCCCCAGCCAGGGGGCUCCGUCGUGGAGCGACACUCAACACGGGUCCGCGCACGAGAGACGAGAGACGAGAGACGGAAUGGCCGGGGAAGUCAGUCUGAAUUCCCUCCAGGAACUGGAACGCGAGGUCAUCCUCCAGGUCCUGUACCGAGACCAGGCGGUUCAAAACAUCGAGGAGGAGAGGAUCCGGAAACUGAAGACGCACCUGCAGCAUCUCAGGUGGAAAGGAGCAAGGAGCGUGAGCCCGGAAUACAAAGAGAAGUCCUGCGCACGCUGCCAGUGCCAGCUCGGGCUUCUGCUGAACCGGGGGUCCGUGUGCAAGGGCUGCAGCCACCGCGUGUGCUCCGAGUGCCGAGUCUUCCUGCAGAGGACCCACGCCUGGAAGUGCACCGUGUGCUUUGAGGACAGAAAUGUGAAAAUAAAAACUGGAGAAUGGUUCUUUGAGGAACGAGCCAAGAAAUUUCCAACUGAAGGCAAACACGACAGAGCUGGAGCAAAGCUCUUGCAAUCUUAUCAGGAACUGAGCAACAUUUCUGUGGUUCCUCCUACCCCACCUCCUCUGAGUGAAAGCCAGUGCACCAGCAGCUCCCACAGGUUACAGGAACUUGGUCAGUUUAAAGGAUUUAAUAAGUCCAUGGAAAAUUUGUUUCUCUCUGUUACCACCCACAUGAAAAAGCUUUCCAAGUCCCAGAACGACAUGACCUCUGACAAGCAACUCCUAGCCACGGGUCCCAGGCAGUGUGCUAGCCGGACGGAGAGGAGGAGCCAGUCUGACACUGCCAUCAACGUCACCACCAGGAAGCCAAGCACGCCAGAUAUUCUGAAACCUCUCAACCAAGAGAGUCCCAAACACCUUACUAACCCUGUUUCGAAGCAAGAGGACGUCUCAUCCAGGCCAACGCCCAGCACUUUGUUCUCAGGAGGCUUGAGACACGCAAGUCUACUUAGCAUUAACAGCACUUGUACAGAGAUGGGAAAUUUUGACAAUGCUAAUGUCACUGGAGAAAUAGAGUUUGCCAUUCGUUAUUGCUUCGAAACCUGCUCUUUAGAAAUAUGCAUCAAGGCCUGUAAGAAUCUUGCCUAUGGAGAGGAAAAGAAGAAAAAGUGCAAUCCGUACGUGAAGACCUACCUGCUGCCUGACAGAUCCUCCCAGGGAAAACGCAAGACUGGAGUCCAGAGGAACACCGUGGACCCAACCUUCCAAGAGACCUUGAAGUACCGCAUGGAGCCCGCUCAGCUGGUGACCCGGCAGCUGCAGGUCUCCGUGUGGCACCUGGGCACGCUCACCCGGAGGGUGUUUCUUGGAGAGGUGACCAUUCCUCUGGCCACAUGGGACUUUGAAGACAGCUCGACACAGUGUUUCUGCUGGUAUCCGCUGAGGGCCAAGGCAGAGAAACAUGAAGACAGCAUUCUUCCAAAUAAUGGAGAACUUGCAGUCCGGGCCAAACUGGUCUUCCCUGCGGGGCCCAGAAAGCUCAAAGAGGCCCAAGAAGGGACGGGAGAUGGGCCAUCCCCUAAUGGUCAGCUUUGUCUGGUCGUGCUGGGAGCCAAGAAUUUACCUGUGCGGUCAGAUGGUACCCUAAACUCCUUUGUUAAGGGCUGCCUCACUCUGCCAGACCAACACAAGCUGAAGCUCAAGUCCCCAGUCGUCAAGAAGCAAGCUUGCCCCCAGUGGAAGCACUCCUUCACGUUCAGUGGCGUAAGCCCUUCUCAGCUGAGGCAGUCCAGCCUGGAGUUAACCGUCUGGGACCAGGCCAUCUUUGGUGUGAACGACCGCUUGCUGGGGGCAGCCAGGCUUGGUUCCAGUAAGUCCGUCCGAGAGGAAGACACAGCUGGCAGUGUGGACUCAUGCUCUCAGUCAGAGCUUCAAUGGCAGCAAGUUCUUUCCAGCCCCAAUCUGUGGACAGACCUGACCCUCAUUCUUCACUGAAGCCAAGGUUCCAGUCUGCAGUGGGAGUCUCGAGUGCCGCAUGCCAGAAGGUGGCUGGACGCGUGGCUGUGGACACUCGCCGGCUGCAGCUGUAGCGAGAACAUUCCUCCACACCCCCACGUGUAUUUAUGUUCAACGGCUGAUGGUAUAAACAUGAGUCUCGGGUUGGUUUUGUGCUGACGUGUGGAAAUGGUCCGAUUUCAAUAAAUGGUCAACACUC